AUGCCAAAAGUAGGUCCUGAAACAUUUAAAAAAUUACAAAACGAUCCGUCAUGUAUUAGAAAUAUUUGUAUUGUAGCACAUGUUGAUCAUGGUAAAACGUCUUUAUCAGACUCCUUACUAGCUUCGAAUGGUAUUAUUUCACAGCGGUUAGCUGGGAAAGUCAGAUAUUUGGAUUCUCGUCCAGAUGAACAAUUGCGUGGGAUUACUAUGGAAUCUUCUGCAAUUUCUUUAUAUUUUCGAGUUCUUCAUAAGAAUGAACAAGAUGAAAAAAAUCCUAUAGUUAACGAGCAUUUGAUUAAUUUAAUUGAUUCUCCAGGCCAUAUUGAUUUUGCUAGUGAAGUGAGUACUGCAUCGAGACUUUGUGAUGGUGCUGUUGUAUUGGUAGACGUUGUUGAAGGGGUUUGUUCCCAAACGGUUACAGUACUAAGACAAUGUUGGACAGAAAAGUUAAAACCUAUUUUAGUCCUAAACAAGAUUGAUAGAUUAAUUGUAGAGUUACAAUUAACCCCCAUGGAAGCUUAUUUACAUUUAACUAAAAUUAUUGAACAAGUUAAUUCUGUUAUUGGAUCAUUUUUUGCUGGUCAAAGACAAUUGGAUGAUUAUUCAUGGAGACAACAGUUAGAGACAGAUUCUAGUGCCACCUUUGUAGAUUCUGAUGAUUCUGAAUUAUAUUUUGAUCCUAUAAAGAACAAUGUUAUAUUUGCCUCGGCUAUUGAUGGAUGGGGUUUUAAUAUUGGACAAUUGGCUAAAUUUUAUCAGUCCAAAUUAGGAGCUAAGAGAGAAGUUCUUCAAAAAGUUCUUUGGGGAGAUUAUUAUUUAGAUCCUAAGACAAAGAAAAUCUUAACUAGUAAGAAUUUGAAAAAUAAAAAUACAAAUAAAAUUUUAAAUCCAUUAUUUGUAUCAUUAAUCCUUGAUAAUAUUUGGAAAAUAUAUUCCAAUACAAUCAUUGAGAAAAAUUUGGAUAUGAUUGAAAAAAUUUCUAAAACUUUAAACAUAAAACUAUUACCAAGAGAUUUGAAAUCUAAGGACGAUAAACAAUUAUUGAAGACAAUUAUGAGUCAAUGGUUACCUGUUAGUACAUCUGUUUUAUUAACAGUAAUUGAGCAUUUACCUUCACCUUUAGUUUCACAAGAGAAAAGAUUAGAUACAAUUUUGGGAUCUAAUAUUAAUGAGAAUAAGAUUGAUUCAAAUUUACUAGCUUCAUUAAAGGCUUGUGAUAAAGAUGGGCCUGUGACAGCAUAUGUCUCUAAAAUUCUAUCCAUACCAAGAAUAGAGUUACCUAUAGAGAAUAAUUCUAAUGAUAGUAAUAAUGGAUUUGCUAAUGAUGCAAGAAUGGAAGCUAUUAAAGCUGCCAAAAGAGCUGAGAUGAUUGAAAAAUUAUCGAAUUUAGAAAUUAAUAAAGAAUCACAAGAGCAAAAUUCUGAAAAAAAUGAUGAGUAUAAUAAUUUAUAUGAAAGAGCCACUGAUAAAUUUUUCACACCAGAGAUUUCAUUAGAUAAUAAGAUAUCUGCAUCAUCAAAGAGGAUAAGAGAGGUAAAAGAGGAGAGGAUUAAUGAUGAAUUUAAGAUUAUAACAGAACCUUCACCACUAUUUGAGUAUGAACAAGAAGAAGGAGAAGAAAUUAUUGUGGAUAAUGACUUUUUAGUUCCUGAAGGAUUAGAUCCUAAUGAUCCAUUAGCAAAUAUGUUUGAGUAUGAGGAGGAGGAAGAAGAUACCCAACUUAAUAUUGCAAAUAUAGAUGACAAUAGUUCGGAUGCUAGUGAUGAUAUUUUUGAUGAAAAAGAUGAGGUUUUAAUUGGGUUUUGUAGAAUUUACAGUGGUACAUUAAAAGUUGCACAAACUAUUAAAAUCAUUGGACCUAAAUAUGAUGUGAAACAAGAAGAUGAGGAUAAUGAAGAAUAUACCGAAUUGACCACUAUAACCCAUCUAUACCUUUUCAUGGGUAAAGAAUUGGUACCAUUAGAUGAAUGUCCAUCUGGCAAUAUAGUUGGCAUUCGUGGUAUAACGGGGAAGAUUUUGAAAAAUGGUACUAUUGUGUCACCUGAAAUUAAGGGGAUUAAUUUUGGUUCAGUUAAUUUGACCACUAAACCGAUUGUUCGAGUAGCAUUAGAACCAAGUAAUCCGAUGGAAAUGAAUAAAUUAGUACGUGGGUUGAAACUAUUAAACCAAGCAGAUCCAUGUGUGGAGACGUUUGUUUCGGAUAAUGGGGAACAUAUCUUAUGUACAGCUGGUGAAUUACAUUUGGAGAGAUGUUUGAAGGAUUUAAGGGAACGGUUUGCGCAGAUUGAAAUUAGUAGUUCUAAGCCUGCUAUUCCAUAUCGAGAAACAUUUAUCAAGGCUAGUGAAAACAAGAAUGAAGAUGUUGGAAAAGGAGAAGUUCGAUUGGAUAAAUAUAAAAUUGGAGUUAGAAGUUUCCCCCUACCAAGGGAAAUAGUUGAAUUUAUUGAAAACCAUGAAAUAGAAGUUAAAGAGUUGUAUAAUGGAGAAGAUUUGAUAUUAAAAGAGAAUUUUAUCAAGAAAUUCCAAGAAGUGUUGGAUAAAAUCAAAGAGCAAGGGAAUGAUAUUGAUGUCGAAUUACGGAACGAUGACUUUAUCAAGAAAAUUGUUGUAUUUGGACCAAGACGUAUUGGAAGUAAUAUCUUAAUUUGUCAAGAUGAAUUAAUGGAAGGUGUAUUUAGAAAGAGUUGUAACACGACUUUUGAAUAUAGUGAGUCUAUUAUUAAUGGGUUUGAAUUAUCGACAUUGGAAGGUCCUCUUGCGAAAGAAGUUGUUCAAGGAAUGUGUGUUUGUGUAGAAUAUAUCAAAGUGAUGGAAGAAGAAGAUGAAGAAGCUGCUGCUGUAACAGCAGUGAUCGAUAUAUCUGGACGGCUAAUCACCAGUACAAGAGAUGUGAUCCAUGAAAGCUUCUUACAAUGGUCGCCAAGAAUGAUGUGGGCCAUAUAUUCCUGUGAUAUUCAAAGUUCUAUUGAAGUGUUGGGUAAAGUGUAUGCAGUGAUUCAACAAAGAAAAGGUAUUAUUAUAUCUGAAGAGAUGAAAGAAGGUACCCCAUUUUUCCAAAUCGAAUCACAUAUUCCAGUGGUGGAAGCGUUUGGGUUUAGUGAAGAUAUUCGUAAAAAGACAUCUGGUGCGGCACAACCACAAUUGAUCUUUGCUGGGUUUGAAAUUAUUGACAUUGAUCCAUUUUGGGUCCCUACCACCGAAGAAGAAUUGGAGGAAUUAGGGGACGUGGCUGAUCGAGAGAAUCCGGGGAGAAAGCAUAUGAACCUGGUACGUCGUCGGAAAGGGUUAUUUGUGGAUGAGAAAGUUGUGGAGAAUGCCGAGAAGCAACGUACUUUAAAAAGAAAUUGA